GUGGGGGGGGAGAAAAACAAUGAAGCGCAAUGGCGCAUGCGCAACGGUAUUUGUGCCCCGCGCAAGAUGGCGGCCCCCAGUCGAGCCAUGUUGCUGUGUGGGAAUGUGGCCUCUUUAGCCGCCCGCGUGGCUUUUAAUAGGUCUUGCGGGCUACGGCAUAUACUCACAACUUCCCUCCUGCCCGAGCAAUUGGCCUUUCGUACGUACUGCACAGAAGACAACCAAGAAGAACCCACAAAGCCAGAUGGUCAUGAGAUAGAUUCACAUUACAGAGAAAUGCCAUGGAAAUACUUGGAGAGUGAAGAAUACAUAACUAAAUAUGGCAACAAUCCCGUGUGGUUUGGAUACAGGCGUAAUUUCAAGGGUCAGGUUCCACCACAGAGAACCCGGAAGAUGUGCAUUAGAAGAGGGCACGUCUGUGGGAAUCCCUGUCCCAUCUGUAGAGAUCAACAUCUUUUUUUGGAUUAUAGGAAUGUGAAGCUUCUUGAACAGUUUAUCUGCCCCCACUCGAAUAUCAUCCUUGAUGCAACCCAUACAGGAACUCUUAUCAAGUCUUGGAAACACAUUUUCUCUUGCAUCACAGGUGUGUGUAGAAAGAAGCAAAAAGAGCUAGAGAAAGCCAUUGAUCAAGCUCAAGACAGUGGACUUCUACCAGUUAGCAUUCCCUUGAUUUCUUUCCGAGAUGCGGAUUGGAGCAACCAGCAUCCAGCUGUUUCCAAGACUCCUCCAUCCCCAGCUCUGCGUAGCAAGACAUCAUGGUAUCCCUGGUAUGACUGGCAGCAGCCUCCAGAGAAAAAAAUUAAACUCUUCAGGAGGAUUUACAAGGAUUACCUGAAAGAAGAGAGCAACCUUUCAUAAACCAAGCCCAAAAAAAGCAAUUAUAACAUUCCCAAUGAAGCCUGUAACUGAUCCUUAAAAAUCCUCUAAAGUAUAUAGUUCAGCUGUUAAGAGGACUGCUGUCUAUUAUUUCCUCCAGAAGGACUUCUAUCAGUAAAUUGAAUGGGAUUACUGAUGAUUUUGGUGAUUGAACUUUGUUGGAAACACCUGAUGGAAUGGAGAGGGGGAAGUAUAGGGCAAUGGUAACACAAAAAAUACAAUAAAAAGCAAUUUGAUGUAUGUAUCUACAAUGUGAUGGGGUUUCAUUUUACAAUAAAUCAUGGUUUUGUUAAAA